AUUGGUUAUAUUCACAACAUUAUUGCAUAUUAAUGAAAAUGCUAGAUAUCAUAUUUUGUUCUCCCAGGCCUAAAGCAUCUCUCUGUUCAAACUGUAUAACCCUUUCUAAAAGAAAUCUUUACAUUCAUGUUUCAGAGACUUCAGCUAGCAAAAAACCCUAAGACAUUAAGUCAAAAUCAAAAUUGAAUACUCUGGUGCUUCAUCCAGCAGAUUCAAGAGGAGGCCUUAUUGAGGCAAGAACAAGCCUUUAAAAUGAAGGCAAAUGUUGAGAGUCAAAACUUGAAAAUUUUCAUAAUUUAAUGCUUUUCUGUAAAAGAGGAUACUCCACAUUAUUCUUGAGAAGAACCAGCGUUUCAUCCCUAAACCAUACACUUUAACAAGUCCCGAAGUAUAAAAGGCAAACGUACAAAUGUCUACCACAAGACUAAAGUGUGCUAUGUUAUGUUUUUUACCAUAAGCACCCAUAAAAUGAGCUCCAUUGCAGACAGAAAUGAUGGAAGCAUUUUUGAUGGUCUGGUGGAAGAAGAUGACAAAGAUAAAGCAAAAAGAGUGUCCAGAAACAAGUCUGAAAAGAAACGUCGAGAUCAGUUUAAUGUUCUUAUCAAAGAGCUGGGUUCCAUGCUUCCAGGUAAUGCUCGGAAGAUGGAUAAAUCCACUGUACUACAGAAGAGCAUUGACUUUUUACGGAAGCACAAAGAAAUUACUGCACAAUCAGAUGCCAGUGAGAUUCGACAGGACUGGAAACCAACAUUCCUUAGUAAUGAAGAGUUCACACAGUUAAUGUUAGAGGCUCUUGAUGGUUUUUUUUUAGCAAUUAUGACAGAUGGAAAUAUAAUAUAUGUGUCUGAAAGUGUAACUCCUUUACUUGAACAUUUGCCAUCUGAUCUUGUGGAUCAGAGCGUAUUUAAUUUUAUCCCAGAGGGGGAACAUUCAGAAAUUUAUAAAAUUCUGUCUUCUCAUCUGCUGGAAAGUGAUUCAUUGACACCGGAAUACUUAAAAUCAAAAAAUCAGCUAGAAUUCUGUUGCCAUAUGCUGCGAGGAACAAUAGACCCAAAAGAGCAACCUACAUAUGAAUAUGUAAAAUUUAUAGGAAAUUUCAAGUGUUUGAAUAAUGUUCCCAAUUCAGCACACAAUGGUUUUGAAGGAACUAUUCAGCGGUCGCACCGGCCUUCAUAUGAAGACAAAGUUUGCUUUAUAGCCACAGUUAGAUUAGCUACACCUCAAUUUAUCAAGGAAAUGUGCACUGUUGAAGAACCCAAUGAAGAAUUCACUUCUAGACAUAGCUUAGAAUGGAAGUUCCUAUUCUUGGAUCACAGGGCACCUCCAAUAAUAGGCUAUCUUCCAUUUGAAGUUUUGGGAACAUCAGGCUAUGAUUAUUAUCAUGUGGAUGAUCUAGAUAAUCUGGCAAAAUGUCAUGAGCAUUUAAUGCAAUAUGGGAAAGGGAAGUCGUGUUAUUACAGAUUCCUUACAAAGGGACAGCAAUGGAUUUGGCUGCAAACACAUUACUAUAUCACGUAUCACCAGUGGAAUUCCAGGCCAGAGUUUAUUGUCUGUACGCACACAGUUGUAAGUUAUGCAGAAGUCAGAGCAGAAAGGCGGCGAGAACUUGGUUUUGAGGAGUCUCUUCCAGAGAUAAAAGCAGAUAAGAGUCAAGACUCUGGAUCUGAUAAUCACAUAAACACAGUGAGCCUCAAAGAAGCUCUGGAAAGGUUUGAUACCAGCCCCACACCUUCCGCUUCCUCCAGCAGUUCAAGAAAAUCUUCACAUACUGCAGUAUCAGAUCAUUCGUCGACACCAACUAAGAUGACAGUGGACACUAGCACUCCUCCAAGACAAAGCUUAUCUGCUCAUGAAAAGUCUACACAAAGAAGAUCAUCUCUGAGCAGUCAGUCUUUAAGCUCCCAGUCUCUUGGACAACCAGUAACACAGCCAACGAUGUCUCAGCCUGCUACUUUACAGCUCCAGUCCAGCAUGUCCCAGCCUGUCUUUCAGUUUUCAGCUCAAUUAGGAGCUAUGCAGCACCUAAAAGAUCAGCUGGAGCAGAGAACACGCAUGAUAGAGGCAAAUAUUCAUCGGCAGCAAGAAGAGUUGCGGAAAAUUCAAGAACAGCUUCAGAUUGUCCACGGUCAAGGACUUCAGAUGUUCUUGCAGCAGUCAACUUCUGGACUAAACUUCAGUUCUGUGCAGCUUACAUCUGGAAAUUCUUCAAGUGUUCAGCAACUUGCACCAGCAAACAUGCAAGGUCAGGUUGUUCAAACUAAUCAGACUCAAAGUGGGAUGAACACAGGACAUACAAGUACACCACACAUGAUCCAGCAACAGCCUUUGCAGAGCUCUGCAUCACAGCAUAAUCAACAAAAUGUACUUAGUGGACACGGUCAACAAUCUUCUCUUGCCAGUCAGUCCCAGAACACAGUCUCAACACCUUUGUAUAACACUAUGGUGAUUUCUCAGCCAACAACCGGAAAUGUGGUUCAGGUUCCUUCUAGCUUACCACAGAACAAUAACCAGAAUGCUGCUGCAGUAACUACUUUUACACAAGAUAGACAAAUCAGAUUUUCUCAAGGUCAGCAGCUUGUAACAAAACUUGUCACAGCCCCAGUAGCGUGUGGAGCAGUAAUGGUACCAAGUACCAUGUUUAUGGGACAGGUGGUGACAGCUUAUCCCACUUUUGCUGCCCAACAGCAGCAGCCACAGACUUUGCCAGUAACACAGCAACAGCAGCAGCAGCAGCAGCAGCAAAGUCAGCAAGACCAGCAGCAGCAGCAGCUCACUGCAGUUCAACAACCAGCUCAGCCACAGCUGACCCAGCACCCGCAACAGUUCCUACAGACAUCCAGGUUACUUCACGGGAAUCAGUCAGCUCAGCUUAUCCUCUCUGCUGCUUUCCCACUACAGCAAAGCACUUUUACUCAGUCCCACCACCAGCAGCACCAGUCGCAGCAGCAGCUCUCACGGCACAGAACUGACAAGAUGACGGAUCCUUCCAAAGCGCAGCCACAGUAGCUGGGGGCUCUGCCUCCCCUGGAAGUCAGCUACCAGGAAAGGGCUGCUCCAUAACCACUUGCACUGAAGUUGCAGAGGUAGCAGUACAAAGCCUUUCUAACGCUGCGGUAUUGAGACCUACAGCUAACUUCUGGAAUCUGUUAAGGAAAACCACCAGAUGAUGGCAGGGACGUGGCCAACUUUGAUUGUUGUCCCAGUUUCUGUGCUCUAAAAGGUUUGCUGCCACGUGUCAAUUUGUCCAGGUGAAAUCAAAAAAUGUGACUGAAAUGAGAGGGAUGCUGAAAAUAUUGGUAUUUUUUAUCAGUUCUGUACAUUUUUAAAGUAUUAAAAUGGACACAGAGCAAUUGUUUGAUUUAGCAGAAAAAAUGCCAGGAAUAUAGUCCGACAAACAUCUAAUUUUUUCAGAUGAUUAUGGGACAGUAAAUAUUUUGAAAAUGUUGUGUGAAAUCCAGUUCUCUGUUGUACAGAUGCUGUAAAAUAUUGUGUAUAUGUCUGCAUAAAAGGAGAAAGAGCAAAAUAUUUUAUAUGAUGCAUGAAAUGUAAUCUGUUAUUUGUAGGUUUGAAUAUGUUUCCCUAAAUUUUCACGCCAUACUCAGACUGAUGUUUUCCUUUGUUCUGCCCCUUUGUUUACAACAUGCUGCAUCGUUACUUUCACCCUCAGUGUGGGCACAAGUCUCUCGUUUGUGCUUUGUCUGUGAUGUCACAGUCUGUUCGGUGAGGUAUGGUGUGUUGGUUAGUUGACUUCUCGAGGUUAAAUUAUUGACGAAGCCGUUUGAACUGGUGGUCGUGCAUCAGGGUUCAGGGUGUUCAGAUUCAUGAGUAUCAUCCAUUGUUUCAUACCUAAUUCAUUUUAUUU